AUGAUCCGCUUCAUCCUCAUCCAGAACAGAGCGGGCAAGACGCGCCUGGCCAAGUGGUACAUGCAGUUUGACGACGAUGAGAAGCAGAAGUUGAUCGAGGAGGUGCACGCCGUGGUCACGGUCCGAGAUGCCAAACACACCAACUUUGUGGAGUUCCGGAACUUCAAGAUCAUCUAUCGCCGCUACGCCGGCCUCUACUUCUGCAUCUGCGUGGACGUCAACGACAACAACCUGGCCUACCUGGAGGCCAUCCACAACUUCGUGGAGGUCCUAAACGAAUAUUUCCACAACGUCUGUGAGCUGGACCUGGUGUUCAAUUUUUACAAGGUUUACACGGUCGUGGACGAGAUGUUCCUGGCCGGCGAGAUCCGCGAGACCAGCCAGACGAAGGUGCUGAAACAGCUGCUGAUGCUUCAGUCCCUGGAGUGA